AUGGCUAAAUCAUCCAAAGUAGAAGAUUAUUGGCGACUACAUAAUAUUGAAAGUUUAUUUAAAGAAUUAACACAAGUUCUUACUCGACGUAUGCCACCUGAUCCAGCUGUAGCAUUAGUUGAAUAUCUUCAAAAAAAAUUUCCUAAAUCAUUUAAAACAUCAACAGAUAAUAUUGGUAUUGUUUCAAAAACUAUGGCUAAUAAUCUACAAUUACAAUCAAUGACUUCACCCCAUUCUGAUGCUCACAAUGAGAGUAUAAAAGAUAUACAAACUGAACGUCGUUCAUCUACGCUAAGUCAAGCUAGUGGAAUUGUUACAAUUCCAACAGUCGGCUCCGCUUUUACUGAUUUACUUAAAGACACUAGCAGUUCAAAAGAAACGCCAGAAUUAAAUAUAAGAAAUCUUAUCUUUGCUAAUCGUUUAAGUCAACAAGUUGUUAAAAUGGGAAAAAAUAUUCGUUCAGAUCGUGAUAUACUCGAAGAAGAAUUAAUUAAACCAAUAAAAACAAAAUCAACAACAUCAUCAACAGCAAAUGUAUCAAAUAAUACAGUUUCAGAAGAUCUUCAAAAUGCAGAAACACAUGAACAACCAUCUGCAUUACAAUUAAUUAAAUACAAACAACAAAUUCAUAUUGAAAAUGAUCGUCGUUUACAUCGAGAAAAACUUGCAGAAUUAGCAAAAACUCAACGUGAAAAAGAACAAUUUUAUUCAGGUGUUUCUUCAAAACCAGAAGAAAUUCCAUCACAACAAACAUUAUAUAAUGAUGAAACAUUAACACAAGUUGUACCAACGCAAACAAGUAGUACUCAAUUACAAUAUAAACCAAUUGUUAAAUCAAGAGAAGAAGAAGAAUUAUUGAAUGAUGAGAAUAUAUUUCAACCGAGAAAACAACGUCAUCGUGAAAGACAAAGAAAUAGAUUAAUGCCAUCACUUACAAAUACAUCAUAUUUACGUGGACGACCGACUAUAGAUUCUCAAUUAUCAAUAAAAAGAGAUGAUGGAAGUUUAAUAUGUAAAUCAUGUGGACAUGUAUUGGAUGAACAAGAAAAUCAAUCGAUAGUUCAUUCUCAACAAGUUUCUGCAAUACCAAUAACACAUUCAUUAGAACCUCGAUCAUCUGCUCGAUUGACAGAAAAAACAGAUGAUGCUGCUGAUGAUUUUUUUGAAUUAGCAUCUGAUGUAUCAAGUUCACGACAAUUAACUCCAUUAAUACCAAAUGAUACAAUAUCAACACGAAUUGGUUCAAGUACAUUUCGGCGAAAUCUUUUUCAACCAAUUACUGAUAAUCAUAAUAAUAAUAACAAUGAUACUGUAGAACAUCAAUCACCUGUACGACCUUUAAUUUUAAGUGAUGAUGGAACAAAGGCUAAACGAUUUAAAACACCACGUGUUUCUGAAACUGGUAUUUUCUCACGAUCACCUGAAUCAAAAGUUCGUCCUCCACCAUUAUCACAAAAUAUAUCGUCACCCGUAACAAUAAAACAUCAGACAGAUACUGACGUUCUUACUAAUCGUCAAUCAGCAAAGACUGUCACACAACUAUCAUCUGCAAGAUCAACGCCAUCAUCAACUUUAACAACAAGAAUGACUUCAACUAAUAAUCGAAGAAUGUCCGGUUGGAGUGUAUGUGAACAUUCACCUAAUGAUUCCGACGAAAAUUAA